UUUGGAAGAAUAUGAAAUCCGUGAAAAAAUCACUGCAAAGAGUGGGGAUUGCCAACAUUUUUAGACUAUUUUGUGUGUGAUAACUCAACUCUCCCGUCGUCGUUCUCGUAGGAAUCAGCGUUUUCCGCAGAGUAGGCCGCGAACGUGCAGGAAUCAAGAAAAAUCCGCAACCACGGAAAAUAUCUACAGAAAGAAGGGACUGAAAGCAAAAAAAAAUAUUCAAAGCCGUUUUGGUAACGCUACAAGAAACAAUCAACAAACUCGCAAUCAACUGUAGCUGCUUUGCAUAUCUACGGCCAAGAUCCAGAUGUCUCAAAAGGAAUCCAUCGGAAACCGCUGAUUAGCGUCCACUCCGGCAAGAUUUUGCCCAUCAACACAGCAAAGCUUAGUACAAGUAUAUUAAUUAACUUUCCUUUCAAUUCAUCUACCAAAUGGAACAAAAGGAUUGCGCCUGAUCGGAUCAGCACCCAUCCGGAACACCCGUAGACGUGCACAAGCUGUGAGCUGACUUAUGUUGACGUUCGCGUAGACAUUUUCUGCUCGCUUACGGCGUGGCUAAUCAGGUCACAAACGCGGUCAAUCGGAAAGGAAGGAACAAAUCAUCCCGCAACACGAAAUGACUGAUACGAGGGAGGACGCCUGCUACGCGCAAUCCGCUCAGCAUCGAGCUCUCCAAGCAGCGCUCCAAACUCUAAAAGAGCGAUGUCAAACACUACAGAAACGUAUCAUAAUCCUUGAAGAUGAAAACGUGACCCUGCGCGCCAGCCAGACCAAAGAGACCGGUGAGCGAUUGCACGACAAAGGAAAGGUUGCAUCAACGAGCGAGGUCGAACAACUGCAGAGUGAUGUUCUAGAAUUGUCCCGGCAAAAGGUACAGUUGGCCGAACAGAUUGCGGUGGUGGCAGGCGAAAACAGGCAACUAUGGCGACGACUGUCACAGAUUGUCAAGGAUCUUCCGUUGGGCACAGGAGGCGUCGGUAUGGCGAUUCUUGACGCAGGCGCUGCGGCAAAUGCCACCAGCAACACUAAGCUGCUACCGAACGUCGAUCACACCGGAUCAGUGGUUCCGGGGGCGGCGCAGAACUUGAUUCGCUCUCGCACCUUUACGAAAAAUGCGCCGAACCCAAAGCUACGCGAUCGGUUGCCGAAGGGUGAUGAAGGUACCGAUGACGUAGAGCGGUUGCUGAUCCUGGAGGACGUUUCGCUGCUUAAUACUUGCGGCUUUCUCGAGCCCGGUUACUGUGAAAGUGGUACUGAGCUACCGCCUUCAGGCUGCGCGGGAUCACAAGGAGAAGAAACGAUGCAGGCGGCGCUAGAAACAAAUCCGGAACUGAGGCAAUGCACUGAAGGCCUGCUAAUUAUGCAACGCGACGUAGCCCGACAGCAACAGACCCUCAAGAAUGUCUUAUAUCAGCUAAAGACGAACAAAGAUAUUGGUACCCGUUCCAAGCACCAUAUUGAACUGCCCAUCGUUCCGAAGCCUAUCAUGAAAGAUGUUACAGUAGAGGUGCAUGAAACGGAGCUGUUGCCGAUUGCCGAAAAACGGGCACGUGGUGGGUCAACUCAACAGAUAAAGACUCCCGAAGCACGUGUUACCGCUGAGGCUGCUGCCGGUGGUGAAGCCCCGGCGGAAAUGGUACAGUGCGAUGUUCGCCCACUAGACCUCGCGCUAGAAAAGGGACGUGCGAACAAGAUGGAGAAGAUUUGCCCCAUGUGCGGAAAGCUGUACGGCGUGCAGAUUACCUUUAAUGAGUUCCAGCAGCACGUUGAGUCGCAUUUCCUCGAGGACACGGACGCGGGGGGCGAACUUAGUUUUGAUCGAACAUUUGAGUACGUAUCUCAGCCAGUUGGCAAUUUCUGACCGGUCGUGCCGCCCACCAAGCGCCGCAUCUAUUUCUUUAGUGAGUUUUAGUUUGGGGAAAUGGCAACAAUUGGCGCACGCUUGCAUAUCGAAAUGUUAUGAUGGAAACCGAACUGUACAGCUUUUUUACAUUUUGUAUAGAAUUGUGCGGCAUGCACACUUUGCGAUUGAGUCAGGUGCUAACAACAAAAAUGCGAUACCUGCGCUGUGCCGUAAGAAUAUACGAGCAUAUAUGCGUUAACAAUAUGCAUAUACGCGUUAACAAAAACCUUCA